AUGACAUUUCCUUCCUCAUGUCUGGAAGCCGGGACCCAGCGAGCGAUCCUGAUUAGAUACAUCAAUUUGUAUUCGACAGGGGAGGUUGCUAGUGGAUACUCCGCUUUUGACAUAAUUGCGGCGGCGAUUGCAAUCUUCCCUCCAGAGGAUUGUACCAGAGCUAGUUCUACAAUCUGGGAAGAGUCUGAUUAUGGAGGAGCGGACUCUCUCAUUGAGACUAGUCCUGAGUUUACGGUGGGAGAAGAAGGUCGUCAAUCUCCCAGCACUGCCAGGGUCUUAAAAGUAUCAUCCAAAGCGCCAAGCCAAUCAUUUCUGGAUGAGAUGAGGAGGACUCUGGAGGCCACAGAUGCAACCGCUGCCCAAGGCAAGGGAUUGAUCCAAGUCCGUCGUGUGCUGGGCUACACCGCAUUAACCAUGGUUAGGAUGUUAGUGAAGGAUGUAAACCAAAUGGCUAGUGCGUUUAGUAAAGCACAAUACAGGAAGAACUUGAUCGCUUUGCUCUCGAUGAAGGACCCGAUCUAUUGUCCUCCAUGUGCUAAGGCCCUUGAACAUGCACAGGAUGCCUUCAACAAACAACUGUCUAGGCCCAUCCUCCUGUUUUCCAAGUUGGUCAAUCUCUGGACAUUACUGACCCAAAAGCAGGAAAAGAAGAUGGCUGCCAUGUUGGGAGCUAGCUGUUUGACCCAUACCUCUUAUAAUGGUAUGGCCCUCAUCCAUCUUCUCAUUGAGGUGUUGCACCAUUUCAAUGUAGAUUGGCCAUCUUUGUGCAAACAGCUGUUCUUUGAUAUCACACGGGAGUCUUGGGUCAAAGUAGCUAAGUUCAUGAAGGAAUUCCAGAAGAAAGGGAAUGUCCAAUACACCCAACCCUGGGCAAGGGUCAUAGAUGACGGGUAUUUGAAGGACAUGUCUGGAGCUGAGAACUUCAUUCUGUGCACUAUCUUCGCAGCUGCACUCGAUGAGACUAUUGAUGGAUCAGGGGGAGUAUGGGAUUCUCAGUGGGCCAAGAACAGACAAGCUGAGACUGAAGACAUCAAGAAGAUAGGAUUGGCAUUAAGACAACUGUACACAAAGAAGUUGUCGGAUGUCCGGGCCAUCACAGACGAUGCCCAGAGGGUAUUAGAUCUGGCUAAGAAGUCAUCUCCUCAACUCCCUCAUGCUAAGAGAGCGAUUGAGUCCAGAUUGAAUCGACACGAAGUAUAA